AUGGAUUUUUUAAAGAGUGGGCUUAAAACAGUCCUGGGAGCUCCUGAAACUGGACAACAGCCUUCAGUAGCUGAUACGGUGGAAAGAUUAGUCGAAAGAGCCAGCAACUCUACUCUCCUGGAGGACAGAAGAGAUGCUUGCAGAGCAUUAAAGGCAAUGUCAAGGAAAUACAGGCUUGAAGUUGGAGCUCAGGGUUUAGAUACAUUAAAACAGGUAUUAGAGCUAGAUAGAGCAGACAAUGAAACAAUUAAUUAUGCACUCGACACUCUUAAUAACAUUGUAUCUCCAUCACAAUUUGAAGAGGAAGAAGACAAACCACAUUUACCAAUCAAUAUUGGAGAUCAGUUCACAGAAAUGUUCAUUAAAGACCCACGAAAUAUACAAUUAGUAUUGGACCUCUUAGACGAAUAUGAUUUUAGAGUUAGGCUCUCGACAGUUCAACUUCUAAUUUCUCUCCUAACUAACAGAACAAAAGAUAUUCAAGAAAUAAUACUUGAUAAACCGAUGGGUGUUUCGAAAAUGAUGGAUCUCCUCGCUGACAGUAGAGAAGUGAUUAGGAACGAGACAUUGUUACUAUUAAUAAAAUUGACAAAAGGCAAUGCUAACAUACAAAAAAUUGUGGCGUUCGAAAAUGCCUUCGAUAGACUCUUCGAAAUAGUUAACAGUGAAGGUUAUUCUGACGGAGGAAUCAUAGUUGAGGAUUGCCUUCUGGUAAUGCUGAAUUUACUAAAAAACAAUAGCAGCAAUAUCAAUUUUUUCAAAGAGGGUAGUUAUAUACAAAAAAUGCUACCAAUGUUCAAUAUGCCCGAAGAUUCAGAAGAGACGGGUUGGUCCCCGCAGAAAGUUGCCAACGUGCACUGCAUGCUACAACUAGUCCGGACUUUGGUGUCUCCAAGUAAUUCAGCACAGAUUAUUUCUAGCUGUCAGAAAAUAAUGAAAAAUGUCGGCUUAUUGGAUGCGUUGUGUAACAUUUUAAUGGCGAGUGGAGUUCCAGCUGAUAUAUUAACGGAGACUAUAAACACUGUAGGAGAAGUGGUUCGAGGGGAUGCUGCUAACCAGGAGUUUAUCGGGAAUGUGAUUGCACCCUCGUACCCGCCGCGACCAGCUAUUAUUGUUCUCUUGAUGUCUAUGGUUAAUGAGAAGCAGCCGUUUCCUUUAAGAUGUGCAGUUCUAUACUGUUUCCAAUGCUACCUCUACCACAACGAGAUCAGCCAAGCCAACUUAGUUCUCACCCUCCUUCCCUCCACAAGCGACGUCUCAAGCUUGACCAGCGGUCAGAUACUCUGCGGAGGGCUCUUCUCCUCAGAUGUCCUCUCGAACUGGUUCGCAGCAGUGGCCCUGAAGCAUGCCCUCAUAGAUAACACUGGACAAAAGGAGCAGUUACUAAGAGUGUUAUUGGCAACGAAUAUUGGGAGUGCUCCGGUGUCUUUACUCCAGCAGUGCACGCUGCUGUUGCAGCAAACUACGAAACUCCAGUCGAAGGUGGCGCUGCUAAUGCUGCUGUCGCAGUGGACGGCGCAGUGCGGCGCGGCGGUGGCGGCGCUGCUGCGCGCGGCGGGCGCCGUCUCCUACCUCGUGUCGCAGACCUGCUCCAACGAGCACGACGACAACGAGUAUCUGCUGCAAGGAUUAUCGGCGUUCCUGCUAGCCAUCUGCGUGCAUUUCAACGACGACAGCGUUCCCAACUACACCAAGGACGCUCUGCGCCAGCUGCUGGUGAAGCGCAUCGGCGUGGAGACGCUGACGGCCAAGCUGUGCGAAGUGGCGCGCCACGAGCUCUACAACCGCGCCGCCAAGCACCCGCAGCUGCGGGUCAGCGGGCCGGGGGAAGUGCUCAUUGAUUACGAGUUCUGCAGGCUCUUCAAGGGGUUGGAAGGCGUGGUGGUGCAGAGCGUGACGGCGGCGGAGGGCGCGGCGGCGGCGGCGGCGGGCGGGGAGGCGGCGCAGGGCGGCGAGGAGCUGGCGCAGUACAAGCAGCUCAUCCGGCAGCAGGACGCGCGCCUGCAGGAGCUCGUGUACCAGCUCGAGCAGACGCAGGCUCUGCGGACAGCGUUAAGCGACUCUCUAGCAGCGAACUCACUCCUCAAAGAUGAGAACACACUGCUCAAAGCGCAACUGUCAACCGUUUCUCAAACCUCUCCUCCGACACCCUCGGAGCCAGACCCUCGUCUCGCAGACUACGAGUCCAAGGUCUCCGCCCUCACCCUGGAGGUGCUUAAACUGAACCAGGAGCUGGUGGCGGCCAAGGACACCAUAAAGAAGAAUAAUGAGGAGUUGGAGAAGUUGAAGAACGAUCAGGAUGAUCUGCUGGUUUUGCUCGCUGAUCAGGAUGCAAGACUCACCGAGUACAAAAUGAGGUUAAUAUCGCUCGGGGAGACGGUGGAGGACGACAACACAAUAGAACCUGAAGAAAAUUUGACU